CCUGGACAAUCACGCAUCGUUCUAACGGUUUCUCUGCUCUAUCUACUUCUUCAGCUAUUGAAGGAGGGGAAAAAGAUCAGCAGCUGCUAUUGGACUUAACCCUAAUAAACAUAUUUAUUUAUAUUUUUACUUAGCGCAUUCUGGCACAUUAUUGGAUCAGCUUGAACUAAAUGCUGUACAUAACACCCGAACUGUCGAGCUGCUGAUUCGGGUCAUUUAAGUUAAUAGUAAAAAUGUGCAAAGCGGAUAGAGGAUACAGGGGGAGCUAACCGGAUUCCUUUGGAAUUAUUUAUCCGUGCCUUUAAGAGGAAUUCAGUCAAACUUAUGGCGUGAAGGGCCACUUCCUGGCCUCCAUCACUCACAGCUAAUGGAUGUGUUUACCCAAUAUGCCUACAAUGACAGUUUCUACGAUAAUGGAACAUGGCACUUCAACGAAACAAAGCCAGAACACAGCCACCAUUACAACUACUAUGCCAUGCUUCUCACUCUGCUCAUCUUCGUCAUUGUCUUCGGCAAUGUGCUGGUGUGCAUGGCUGUGUCCAGAGAGAAGGCUCUACAGACCACUACCAACUACUUGAUUGUCAGCCUGGCUGUUGCUGACCUUCUGGUGGCCACACUUGUAAUGCCCUGGGUAGUCUACCUAGAGGUAGUUGGAGAGUGGCGUUUCAGCAAGAUCCACUGUGACAUCUUUGUCACCCUUGAUGUGAUGAUGUGUACAGCAAGCAUCCUCAAUCUCUGUGCAAUCAGCAUUGAUCGAUACACAGCAGUGGCAAUGCCCAUGCUGUACAACACACGCUACAGCUCCAGGAGAAGAGUCACAGUAAUGAUUUCUGUUGUCUGGGUUCUCUCCUUUGCCAUAUCAUGCCCCUUGCUAUUUGGCCUCAAUAACACAGCAACCCGUGAUGCCUCUCUCUGUGUCAUCGCCAACCCAGCCUUUGUGGUGUACUCCUCUAUCGUCUCCUUCUACGUACCCUUUAUCAUUACUCUUCUGGUUUAUGUGCAAAUUUAUGUGGUCCUGAGGAAGCGCAGAAAACGUGUGAACACAAAGCCAAAGCGGCGUGUGUGUCAGCCCGCUGACACAGACAUAGCAACUUCACUAAGGGAUAAAUGCACUCAUCCAGAGGAUGUGAGAUUGUGCACCAUGAUUGUGAAGUCCAAUGGAAGUUUACCGACCAACAAGAAAAAAGUGAUUUUCAUCAAAGAUGCAGCCACUGACGGGGAUGAUAUGGAGCUCGAUGAGCAAAACAAUAGCGGCAGCAACCAUAGGCAAAAGCAUCUGUCACGUAGUGCUAUCGGAGACACUCCGGCUACCAGCCGCCAGCAGUUAAUGCCCAAUAAGGCUAACACUACUCCCACCUCCACCCCUCCUACACCCCCUAAGGACGGCCAUAAAGCAGAAGAAAACGGCGAGCCCAAGGAGUCCCAAGCGGACGCUGCACCAGUUGUAGCCAAGGCCUUCCAAACACAGGCCUUACCUAAUGGCAAGACUCAAACUUCUGUCAAAAAUAUGAGCAAGAGGAAGAUUUCUCAGCAGAAGGAGAAGAAAGCCACUCAAAUGUUAGCCAUUGUCCUCGGUGUAUUCAUCAUAUGUUGGUUGCCAUUUUUUAUCACGCAUAUCUUGAACACUCACUGUACCAAAUGCAAGGUUCCUGCUGAGAUGUACAAUGCUUUCACUUGGCUGGGCUACGUGAACAGUGCUGUAAAUCCUAUUAUAUACACCACCUUUAAUAUAGAAUUUCGGAAGGCAUUCAUUAAAAUUUUACACUGUUAAGCUGCUGCAUCCCUUACAUAUUAGACUGAGGGAGAAGGUCUAAAUAAACGGUUGGCAAAUACCUCAUCCUUCAAAAGGAAAGUGCACCACAAGGAGAGAAAACCGAAAGGUAACUAAAAAAAACUGGAAGUAUCUUCUUGGAAGGCACAUUGACGCUGUCUGUGUGAGUUGUUUGUGGAGCCCUAUUCUCCAGAUAACUGAAUGUAAAACAAGAAAAGUCUGUAACAAUGAUCUGUUAAUUGAGAAAAGGCAACAGUUCUCUAAAAUCAUUGUGUGUGUUAUGUAAGGAGCCAUCUGUGUAUAUCACACAUACACGUAGCAUACUGCUAUUUACUGUAUGUGUACUUAAUGUUUUCAUGAUGAAAAAGAUAUGACUUCAGUGUUCAAAGCACUGUUGAUGUUGAUGCAUCCAAUCUUGCUCUUGAUAUCUAUCAAGCAUAGUUUGGGUUGAGACUGUCUGUCAAACUGUAUGUUUGCUUUCUCAAAAUUGUGAUGAU